CAAACAGUUGUUGUGAGCAGUUGUCAUCCAGAGAUCCAGGGAGCAGACGCUCACAACAAAAGUUGCAAGAGCCAUGGAGCUAUUUGAAACCAACCCUUACUUCUUUGCUGAGCAGAGAUUUUACGAUGGAACGGAAAACUUUUUCCAGUCCCGACUGCAAAAUGGCUUUGACCAAAAUGGCUAUCAGGACAGGUCGGUGAUGGGGCUGUGUUCAGAGAGCAGGCUUCUGACAAGCAACGGUCUGGAUGACCAAGUCUCACCUUCGUCCAGUCUCUCCCCACAGGAGCACUGUCCCGGCCAGUGCCUGCCAUGGGCCUGCAAGAUCUGCAAACGUAAAUCGGUGACCAUCGACCGGAGAAAAGCAGCCACCUUGAGGGAGAAAAGAAGGCUGAAGAAGGUCAAUGAAGCUUUCGAAGCCCUCAAGAGAAGCACCCUGAUGAACCCCAACCAGAGGCUCCCCAAGGUGGAGAUCCUGCGCAGUGCCAUCCAGUACAUUGAAAGGCUGCAAACGCUACUGAGUACUCUGAACCAGCAGGAUCGGGAUCAACAGGACGUCCACUACAGGACCACAGGCACUCAGAGGGUGUCCACUUCAAGUGACCAUGGGUCCAGCAGCACAUGCAGCAGCAGUCCAGAAUGGAGCAGCUCAACUGACCACUGCAGCCCCACGUUCAGCAGCAGCACCAGUACCACUGAGCUUUUGACUGAAGACUCACCAGAGCAGACAAACCUGCGCUCCCUCUCAUCAAUAGUGGACAGCAUUGCGAUCGAUGGGGCUGCCAUCUCUUAAUUUCAACGCAUAUCUGAUAACAACGUCUUGACCACAGUGAACACUAAUCACAUCCAGAAAAUGCUCCUGACUCACCCAUAGUCUCCAAGUGCAGCCAUUCAUGUGUGAGCAUGGACAUUCAUUCAAAGGCCAUUAAACUGCGGAGUGCUGGGAAACCAAAGUUAACGAAUCAGCAUGCGUCUUUCUUUGCUCAUAAUUGAAAAGUCAACAAGUUGAAAUCACCUUUGACAAAAAAUUUUUUUUAAUCAUUUUUGCAUUUGUUUCUUUGUGUGUGUGUGUGUGUGUUCUGUGUUCCACGGUAUUUUCAUUUUGCGGGGCCAAUAUUUCAUACGGGAGUGUGACCAAUUUCAGCUUGUUUAACUAAUGACCUGAAUGCUAAUAAUGUAAAUAUGCGCCAUUUUUUUUUACAGAGUGGAUUUGUUAUUUCUAUUUUUUAUUUUGUGGCUAACUUAUUUUAAUUUUUAUAAUAAAGAUUGUUGUGUAUUUGUACAAAACUA